AUGAUGAGUGCCAUAAAUGCUGAAAGAAGUCUUCGGACUUCUCAAAGUAGUCCAUUGUCAAAGCCUCGAGCUGUGUACAGUAUCGAUCAAAUAUUAGGAAAUCAUCAUCGAAGGAAUACAAUUAACGAACACGAAGAUUCAAUAAAAAUUGAUUCGAGAGAUGACAUCGGUGUUGAUGUUGAUAACGAUGACGACAUUCAAAUGGGAGAUAUGGAUUCAGGUGACCACGAUUCGAAUGACAUGUCACGACCUAGGAAGAUAAGAAGAUCUAGAACAACAUUCACAACUUAUCAAUUACAUCAGUUGGAGAGAUCUUUUGAGAAAACUCAAUAUCCAGAUGUUUUCACUCGAGAAGAAUUGGCAAUGCGAUUAGAUCUAAGUGAAGCUCGUGUUCAGGUUUGGUUUCAAAACCGUCGUGCUAAAUGGCGCAAACGGGAGAAAGCAAUGGGACGAGACACAACCGCAUUUUUACAUCACGAACAAGGUUUGCCAGACUUCCCUAUUUCACUUCCAAUGCCACACAACCUGGCACAUCCGGGUGAUUUCUGGUCACCUGCUAGUUUCGGACUUCACCCAACAAUCAUUCCAACUGCCAACCAUAUGCUUCAUCCAAAUCUUAUUCCAAAUUAUAAAAUUCCAAAUAUUCACGCCAUCAUGCAAUACAUGGGAUUGAAUAGUUUAUUCAACAGCGAUCGAAAUCUAAACCAUCCGAUGUCACCUCAAAACUUAUCGGUGAACACUUCAGCAACAACGAGAUCGAGCAGUCCACAAAACAGUCCCAUUGAUAAUUCAACCAAAGACAAUGAAAAGUAAAUUUUACUUCAUCAAUUUUCUAUAACAUCGAUUAAAAAGAAAGCGAGAAGGGAAAAUAUUUAAAUUAAAAAUUGUAGCCAACGUGAUGAUUUAAUAAUUUUUUAAAUAAACUCUUUUCUGUUCUAGUGAUUGUUUAAGAUAAUUGUAAUAAAUAACUUAGGAGUUGUGUAUAUAAAUUAUAAUUGUAAGUAACAUUCAAAUAUGUCG